UAAAUAUUCAGUGAAUCUCUUAGAACAUCUCACUUCAAUUGCGAUUCAUAUUACAAAUAUGAGCUAACAUAGGGAAUUUAUGAGACUUGAACAAACAACAUCUUGACUUGAACAGACAAGCUCAAGGUCUUUGCUUGAAAGAGCAGAAGAUGGAGAAUCAAACAAGCAUAAAUAUAGACUGCCAUGGAUACGAAGAAAACACGGCUACAACAAUCCUUCCAUUCAAGUUUCCGAUAUAUCAAAGAAAUCAGUGCACUAUUUUUGAUCAAGAAGAAGAGAAUGAAUCUUAUUCAUUGGAGAAUAUCAUAUUCUAUAUUCUUCACUUUCCGCUUUGUAUCACAACAAUACUGCUUAACGUUAUAGCGAUAAAUCUGGUGAGGAACAUAAGAGGGCCUGUAAAAGCUACAAACAAACUCUUCCUGAAUCUAGCCGUCGCAAAUAUUGCAACAUCAAUUUUGAGUCUAAUCCGAGAGAUCGUAUAUGGAUUUAUCAUGAAUCAAAAAAUGGGAAAAUAUGAUUGGCUCAUUACAUUCUGGGUGCUGGAUGUACCCUGGGCAAUGGCCUACUUUGUUGCAGUUCUCUCAUUGGUUGGAAUAGCCUUAGUACGAUACAUCGCUGUACUUCACCCGCUAAAACGCUUAUUUUUGCUAACACGCUCACAUAUACAUAAGUAUAUAUUGAUGAGCUGGAUUGUUUCAAUCACUACCGUUUCUACAAUUAGCGCUCUUUUUAGGACGUUUCCGAAACGCUCAAUAUUUGGAAUAUACUGUCGGGCAUUUGCAUUGCCUUUGCUGCAUAUCAUUUGUUAUAUAACUUCAAUAGGGC